GUCUCACCCCCUGUCCCGAGUACGCCGACUUAUCUUCAGAAACCAAUGGUGCAAGUUGACAAUGGUCAGAUUCGCGUGACCAAGAUCUUGGUGCACCCUAUCAAGAGUUGCCGUGGCACAAGCGUUAGGGAGGUGCGGUAUACACCGCAGGGCCUCGAGAACGAUAGGAAAUGGGCCGUUCUCGAUUCUGCCGAGAACAAGAUCUUGACGGCUCGUGAACUCCCGAGGCUUGUCCUUGUCGAACCGGAGCUGCGGUGCGACGCCUCGUCGCCGACGAAGGGCAAGCUCGUCGUGACAGUCCGGCCGGAUUCCGGCCCAGUAUCAUUCGCGGUGCCUAUUGAGCCGACGCCAGACAUGCUCUCUCAGUGGGAAAUUGUCAGCGACACAUCACUCUUCGACAGGUCGGCACAGGAUGCGUAUAUCGUCCAGUCUCUCUCGCGCGGUGGUCCCUCGCCCUCUCAGAUCCUUUCCGACUUCCUCGGCCGUCCCGUACACCUCAUAGUGAAGGGGCCGACUCCACGCUCCUGCUUGCCAACGCACGCGUUCCCGACAUUGAAGGCGACGGCAGUCUUCCAGGACGGUUAUCCCGUGCUCUUUGCGAGCGAGGAGAGCCUCGAAGCCGUCGCGCAGGCCGUAAACGACACUGCGAAAAGCGGUCCUGACUCACCUGGCGCCCUUGGGAAGAUUGGCGGGAUGGACCACGCGCGGUGGGAGAAGGAGAAGGUCCCAAUUGAACGCUUCCGUCCGAAUAUCGUCGUCCGCGGUGCCGGUACCCCCUUCUCUGAGGACAUCUGGGAGAAAGUCUACGUCACUCCGCGGGGCAGCAACACGAAGGACGAAUCCCGCUCGUUCACGCUCGUCUCACGUUGCGCUCGCUGCCUUCUUCCGAACGUCGACCCGGCAACAGGCGUCCGCGAUGCUGCCGUCCCGUACAAGGUCAUCAGCAAGUUCAGAACCGGCGUCGCUCCCGAGAGGGAAAAGACGCCUUGUUUCGGUAGCAAUGCCGUGCCUGGAGGCAAUGGUAUCAUACGCGUCGGUGACCAGAUUUCUGUGGUGGAGUGGGUUCAGUCGAGAAAUUAGGUCUGUCGACCGUCGCUAUUGCUCCGUCUUGCGUUGGUUUCCGGAUUCGGGGGAUGUGUUCAUGUAUCAUUAGAUCAUGUGGCUAUUUAGGUCUCACAAUAUCACUAUGCUCACCU